CACACACACACCCAGCAAACAUCCAGUCUCUAUUUAAACUGUGUGUCUUCUGUAGAGACGUCUGCUGCAUGAAAGAUUAGUAUUGAAGAUUUACGCUGUGGAUAAAGUUACUAGAUCCAAAAUGUCCGGCGCCGAGGCCUUCGUCACCAUGGCGACCACAGACUCGUACUGUAUGGGAGCGACGGUGGUGGCCAGGAGUUUGCGGCGUCACGACACGACUCGAAGCAUCGUUGUCAUGGUUACGCCCAACGUUUCAGAGCAGUCCAGGCUCGCCCUGCGGGAAGCGUUUGAUGAUGUCAUCACGGUGAAGGGGAUGGACAGCGAGGACCAUCUCCGUCUGUCACUGCUGGGACGUGCCGAGCUCGGCAUCACCUUCACCAAGAUCCACUGCUGGUCUCUGAGCCGCUUCAGCAAGUGUGUCUUCCUGGACGCCGACACACUCGUCCUUUGUAACGUGGACGAGCUCUUUGAGAGAGACGAGUUGUCGGCUGCCCCGGAUCCUGGCUGGCCCGACUGCUUCAACUCCGGCGUGUUUGUCUUCAGACCGUCGCUGGAAACGCACCGUCGCCUGCUGGAUCACGCCCUGCAGCGCGGGAGCUUCGACGGAGGGGACCAGGGCCUGUUGAACUCUUUCUUUAGCAGCUGGCCGGUGGACGACAUCAGGAAACAUCUGCCGUUUGUCUACAAUGUGAGUGCCAGCUCCGUCUACAGCUACCUGCCUGCUUUCAAACAGUUUGGCCAGAAUGCAAAGAUCGUCCAUUUCUCGGGAGCAGGGAAACCCUGGAGCUCCUGUAGCCAAUCACAGUCUCCCACCAUGGACUACUUUGUGUCUCUGUGGUGGAAGGAAUACAACACGAGCAACAGCAGUUACACAACCCCAGCCGCGCCAGGGAAAGCCCAACAGGUCCAGGAACGAGAGACCGAGACGCCGUUUAGAGAAAACUUGGACAGUUCCAUCUCGCUGCUAGCACACUUCUCCCCGCUGGUUUCGAGGCUUCACCCGCCGUCUGAACCGGAGAUGUGUUCCCACACACAUAGCACACAACUGGAGGAGGAAGACGAGGAUGAAGACAAGGUCCAGGACCCAGCGCCUGGUGCAGAAACUGAUCCACAUCAUAGCGCUGCAGACGGAGCUGCAGACGGAGCCAGAGACGGAGCCGCAGACAGAGCUGCAGACGGAGCCGCAGACGGAGCCGCAGACGGAGCGGCAGACGGAGCGGCAGACGGAGCUGCAGACGGAGCUGCAGACGGCGCGGCAGACGGAGCCGCAGACGGAGCCGCAGACACCGAGGCGGAGCGACGGCGGCGGCGGGGGCGGUGGGAGGCCGGCCAUGCCGACUACCUGGGCCGAGACGCCUUCCACAACAUCCAGACCAUGUUGGACCGCUUCCUGGAUUAAUGGAUCGCACACAGGAACAAACACCAUUUUAAACCUUAAGAUUCCUUUUUACAACAUCUUCAUCACUUUUUGAAAUAAAAGUCCCUUUGUCCAAAAAGUUUUAGCGCUUUUUGGCACAAUUGGAAUUAUUGUCCGCUAUCUGGAUUACUAGGGGGAAAAGCAAAAAAACAUCUAAAAAAGUGACAAAGAUAUCCAAACAGGCCACAAAAAUGUCAAAAAGCAACACAAACAACAUUUUUUGCCUUUUUCACCUUUUGUCGUUUUGCUGAGAUGUUUUUUAAUUAACCAAUCCACACCCUCUGGAUUAACUGCUCACACACAGGACCUCUGAAACCCCCACACACACUCGGUCCUGUAGUCUAUUUCUCAUUUCCUCCAAAGUUCACCUUAGUCCGGACUAAUAACAAUAUUAAUAAUAAUAAUAAUACACAAUAGAAGACCAGCCUC